AUGCACAUGCGUAGUAAAUCUGGUGCCAAUUCUCUGCCCAGUGGAGGUGUGUCAGAGGGAGGGCAGUUAUCUGACCUGGCAGGUCCCGCUGAUGCACAUGUCCAGGGACUCUGUGUAGCAACGUGUCCCAUCCAGCACCUUGGGGGCCAGCUCCAUCACCAGCCCAGAGCCCUUGGCCUUGCAUUUCAGCGCACAGGGAUUGUCAGAGUCGUUAUCCAGGGGCAGCCACUCGUGGUACCGACCCUGGUAGCGUACGUCGGCAUGUGCAGAGCACUGCUGGGCACGGAAGUCACCGGCGUCUGGGGGGCAUUCCUAAGAGAAGUCAGGGAGGAGAACAUUUUUGGGGGGUGAUUUUUAUUUUCCUAUGACCCAACAUAGAACAAAACUUUAAACACACAAAAAUGUCAUAUAAACAUACAAGAGUUACAUUCACUUUUGUUUACGUUUGUCCAUUAUUCUCUUAGCUGAGGAUCUUUCAAGUGCUGCAAGCCUUUAGUACUCAUAAGUAAGGGUCAUGACAUGAAAGGGGGUAUGCACUUCUCUCCCUCUCAGCAGGGCUUUAGCUUCAAAAUAUCCAUCACACACAGUUACCACAUAAAAUAUCCAUUCACACUACCAACCCCACCGAUUUCACACACAGUUACCACACAAAAUAUCAAUUCACACUACCAACCCCACCGAUUUCACACACAGUUACCACAUAAAAUAUCCAUUCACACUACCAACCCCACCGAUUUCACACACAGUUACCACAUAAAAUAUCCAACACAGUUUGCAGUCUCAAUUUAUUCCAUAACUGAACCAUUUCAAAAGAAACAUUUGACAUGUAUUACAUAAAGAUGAGUUUGCUGAACUUACCACAUUACUGCAUGUGCGAUAUUUGAUAUUCUGCCCCUCACAGGUCCUGCUAAAGAAAAAAAAGCAUGUGUGGGUGAAAUAACUAGGUCGGAGAUGAAGGAUAAAACUAAACCAAUGCAUCAUACAUCAGUCAGUUGGGGUUGACCUGUUGAAGUUAGUUGACACUUAGUUGGCACUGAUUUAUACUUUAAUUUUAAACAUUGUUUUUAAUGUUGAAUCACUAAAUGGAAUAGAUCAAUACCUAGGCCUAUUCCAUAGUACAGACAUGCCCUGUCUUAGUUUCACAAUUUCACCUGAUUGUAUCUGAAUGUACUCCUGGCUCCAUCAUAACAUAUUUAUAGUUUUCAGUUAUGUUUUCUCGGAUAUAGUAUCAACUUCAUCGUAACAAAGAACAAAUCAAUGGCUGUGUCCGAAUACCCAUACUUGUAUUUUAAAUAGUAGCCAUUUUGGGUAUGCGAAAAUAUAAUGUUUUAUAGUAUGUGAAAUAUAUAUUUUUUUGUAUGCUUUAAUCUAUUGGUCCCAGUAUUAACUCCUCCUGAGUCGCCUGUUCCGCUAUACUUCCUGGACGCGUCAUUUGAUGCGUCUAUUUGCCACAGGCCAGCAAUGUUUGUGAGACCAGGAGAUAUCCCGAAAUCGGUUGUUCUCACAAAAAUGUCUCUAAAGUCCGAACGAUUUGAGCUAAUAUGACCCCAUCAUGGAAAGCUUAGACUCUUACAAACACACUCUUGUCUGUUUUGCUAUGACGCUCACAAGCCCCACAGGACUCGUUAGAAUGUAAGGGUGUCUGGACAUUGAAGAUCAUAAAGAAGUAUUGCAUUGUGAUCAUUCCUGAUGUUUUCCAGAGCUUUCUUAUAGCUCCCAGACAAACUUAAAAUACUUACAGAUCACAGACAUGGGUAUAAGACAAUAGGUGAAGUUUUGUGGCUAUAACAGUCAAUUCUAUCAAUUUCCACCCAGGAAAUAGUGUCUAUAAUAUAAUAGACUCAUAUAUAGGCAUAAACAAAUAAUUCAGUCGACAUUCAUUCCGACUUUAGACUAUGGCGAUAUCGUCUAUUUGUAUUUGUAUUUGUAUUUAUUAGGGAUCUCCAUUAGCUGCUGCCAAAGCAGCAGAUACUUUUCCUGGGGUCCAAACAUAUUGAAGCACUUACAUUACAUAUAAAACAAAAGAUAAAACAAUACAUCAUAUAACAUUAGUACACCACUACAUAUCUACAAUACAACAUGUUUAAUACCACCAUACAACAACAUCACAAUGUAUGCGUAUGCAUGUGUCUGUACCUUUGUGUGUGUCUCUUCACAGUCCCGUUGUUCCAUAAGAUGUAUUUUUUACCCGUUUUUUUUUAUUUUUUAUCAUGUCAAUACCUCUCACAAAUACAAGUUGUGAUGAAGUCAAUCUCUCCUCCCCCUUGAGCCAUGAGAGAUUGAAAUGCAUAUUAUUAAUGUUUGCUCUCUGUGUACAUCCAAGGGCCAGCCGUGAUGCCCUGUUAUGAGCCAAUUGCAAUUUCCUAAGUCCCUCUUUGUGGCACCUGAACACACGACUGAACAGUAGUCCAGGUGCAACAAAACUAGAGCCUGUAGGACCUGCCUUGUUGAUAGUGUAGAAGAUAGAGCAACGCUUUAUUAUGGACUGACUUCUCCCUAUCUUAGCUACUGUUGUAUCAAUAUGUUUUGACAAUGACAGUUUAAAAUACAGGGUUACUCCAAGCAGUUUAGUCACCUCAACUAGCUCAAUUUCCACAUUAUUUAUUACAAGAUUUAUUUGAAGUUCAAAUCAAAUCACAUUUUAUUUGUCACAUACAGGUGUUUAGCAGAUGAUAUUGCGGGUGUAGCGAAAUGCUUGUGCUUCUAGCACUGACAGUGCAGUAAUAUCUAACAAGUAAUAUCUAACAAUUUCACAAUAGGCAGCAGCAGCCUCUAAUGUGCUAGUGAUGGCUAUUUAACAGUCUGAUGGCCUUGAGAUAGCUGUUUUUCAUUCUCUCUGUCCCAGCUUUGAUGCACCUGUACUGACCUCACCUUCUGGAUGAUAGCGGGGUGAACAGUCAGUGGCUCGGGUGGUUGAUGUCCUUGAUUAUCUUUUUGGCCUUCCUGUGACAUUGGGUGCUGUAGGUGUCCUGGAGGGCAGGUAAUUUGGCCCCGGUAAUGCGUUCGGCAGACCGCACCACCCUCUGGAAAGCCCAGCGGUUGCGGGCAGUGCAGUUGCCUUACCAGGCGGUGAUACAGCCUUACAGGAUGCUCUCAAUUGUGCAUCUGUAAAAGGUUUUGAUGGUUUUAGGUGCCAAGCCACAUUUCUUCAGCCUCCUGAGGUUGAAGAGGCUCUGUUGCGCCUUUUUCACCACACUGUCUGCGUGGGUGGACCAUUUCAGUUUAGGUUUUAGUGAAUGAUUUGUCCCAAAUACAGUGCUUUUAGUUUCUGAAAUAUAUGGGACUAAUUAUUCCUUGCCACCCAUUCUGAAACUAACUGAAGCUCUUUGUUAAGUGUUGCAGUCAUUUCAGUCGGUGUAGUCGCUGACGUGUAUAGUGUUGAGUCAUCUGCAUACAUAGACACACUGGCUUUACUCAAAGUCAGUGGCAUGUCGUUAGUAAAGAUUGAAAAAAGUAUGGCCUAGACAGGUUCCCUAGGACAUUUCUGAAUCUACCUGGAUUAUGUUGGAGAGGCUUCAAUUAAAGAACACCCUCUGUGUUCUGUUAGACAGAUAACUCUUUAUCCACAAUAUAGCAGGGGAUGUAAAGCCAUAACCUAUUCGUUUUUCAAGCAGCAGUAUGAUCGAUAAUGUAAAAAGCCGCACUGAACUCUAACAAAACAGCCCCCACAAUCUUUUUAUCAUCAAUUUCUCUCAGCCAAUUAUCAGUCAUUUGGGUAAGUGCUGUGUUUGUUGAAUGUCCUUACUUAUAAGCGUGCAGAAAGUCUGUUGUCAAUUUGUUUCACUGUAAAAUAGUAUUGUAUUUGGUCAAACAAAAUGUUUUCCAAAACGUUACUAAGGGUUGAUAACAGGAUGAUUGAUCGGCUAUUUGAGUCAGUAAAGGGGGCGUUACUAUUCUUAGGUAGCGGAAUGACUUUUGCUUCCAUCCAGGCUGUCACGAUCGUUAAUGAGAGUAGACCAAGGCGCAGCGUGAUGAACGAACAUAUUUAUUUAUAUAAUGAAUGCACGAACAAAACAACAAAACGAAAACGUGACGUCCUACGGUAAACACAACCCAAACGGAACAAGAUCCCACAAACACGAAUGUAAAACAGACUGUUUAAAUAUGGUUCCCAAUCAGAGACAACCAGCCACAGCUGACACUCGUUGCCUCUGAUUGAGAACCACACUGGCCAACAUAGAAAUAGAACACAUAGACCUACAACACAGAACUAGAAUACAUAGAAUCUACACACCCUGGCUCAACAUAUAGAGUCCCCAGAGCCAGGGUGUGACACAGGCCUGAGGGCACACACUUUCUAGUAGGCUUAAAUUGAAGAUAUGGCAAAUAGGAGUGGCAAUAUCGUCCGCUAUUAUCCUCAGUAAUUUUCCAUCCAAGUUGUCAGACCCCUGUGGCUUGUCAUUGUUUAUAGACAACAAUAAUGUGUUCAUUCUUUAUGUAAUUUCUCUUUGUUUCAUAGUGUAGUUUCUUCUUCUUUUUAUUCAGUUUAGCCACAUGAUUUCUCAACUUGCGGUACGUUUGCCAAUCGGUUGUGAAGCCAGACUUAUUUGCCAUUUCUCUUGCGUCAUCCCUCUCAGCCAUACACUUUUUCAAUUCCUCAUCAAUCCACGGGGAUUGAACAGUUUUUACACUCAUUUUCUUAAUGAGUGCAUGCUUAUUAGUAACUGGAAUAAGCAAUUUCAUAAAUCUGUCAAGUGCAACGUCUGUUUGCUCCUCAUUACACACCACUGACAAACAUAUAUUCUUUACAUCAACAACAUAGGAAUCGCUACAAAACUUAUUCUAUGACCUCUUAUACGCUAUAUUAGGCCCAGCCUUUGGAACUUAUGUUUUCUUAGAGAUGGCUACUAUAUUGUGAUCACUACAUCCGAUGGAUCUGGAUACUGAUUUCAAGCACAUUUCUGCAGCAUUAGUAAAGAUAUGAUCAAUACAUGUUGAUGAUUUCAUUCCUGUGCUAUUUGUAACUACCCUGGUAGGUUUACUGGUUACCUGAACCAGGUUGCAGGCACUGGUUACAGUUUGAAGCUUUUUCUUGAUUGGGCAGCUUGAAAGCCAGUCAAUAUUUAAAUCACCCAGAAAAUAUACAUCUCUGUUGAUAUCACAUGCAUUAUCAAGCAUUUCACACAUGUUAUCCAGGUACUGACUGUCAGCACUUGGUGGUCUAUAGCAGCUUCCCACAGGAAUGGGCUUUAGGUGAGGCAGAUGAACCUGUAGCCAUAUUACUUCAACUGUAUUUAACAUGAAAUCCUCUCUAAUCUUUAAAGGAAGGUGGUUCUGAAUAUAAACAGCAACACCUCCACCACAGGCAUUUCUGUAUUUUCUGUAUUACAUUUACAUUUUAGUCAUUUAGCAGACGCUCUUAUCCAGAGCGACUUACAGUUAGUGCAGACAUUAUUCGAUUCCCACAUACCCCCUGUGGGAAUCGAACCCACAACCCUGGCGUUGCAAACGCCAUGCUCUAUCAACUGAGCUACAUCCCUGCCGGCCAUUCCCUCCCCUACCCUGGACGACGCUGGGCCAAUUGCGCGUCCACUGUAUUGCUAACACUGUAUCAUCAAAGGUAUUGUCUACAUGAGUUUCAGAGACAGUCAGCAUAUGAAUAUAAUCAGAUAAAAGCAGGCUAUUGACUUCAUGAACCUUGUUUCUUAUGCUACAUAUGUUAACAUGGGCUAUUUUGAAAACUUUUCUGGGUUGCUUGAUUGUUUUUAAUGCUUUUUUGGAAAGCUUAUCAGAAGUAGACUUGCUCAUGUUAUUUAUAUUGGAACUGUGCACGGUGAGCUGAACACUGUGGAUUUCCUACUAGGGAACACUGCCUCAAUGCUAACAGUGUGACUCUGGCUCAUAGGCACAUGAUUACUGCAUACAAUAGCUGUAGGAUCAACAGAGGUAUUCAGGGCAGUUAGGGGGACAUAAAAUAAGUUACUUACAUUGUGUCUGCCAAUGCCCCUGGGUUAACGUACAUUUGAUGCAGCAUUAUGACAACUAAGCAUCACAAUGGUAGGGAAUAACUGAGCUGGUCUUCGGUCAUUGAUAAGUCAUUGUCUCAACUCAGCCUUGUCCUGGCGCCAAGAUGAUUUGGAUGGACUUCGUCAUUCCUGUAGAGUAUCUUCUGUUUCCCGAAUGUGUCAAAGUUAUAUAUAAAAGUGAUUCCAACAGAGCUACAGUAAUCUUUUAGUGUGUACUGCUAGUAGCCUGAUUAAUCUUUCACACCUGCGGCCCAACGAUGGUACCGGACCUGAAAUGAUUGGCCGCUUUUUGGAAUCUUUCAGUGCUGGAAUCAGUUCUUUAAAAUUUAUUUUCAGAAGUUCCGAGCUAGCCCUCCUGAUGUCGUUUGACCCCACAUGGACUACAACAGUGUCAGGUCCCGGCAUCUGUCAUAGAACGGUUGGAAGCAGCUUUGUAAUUACCUGUACUCGUGCUCCUGGGUAGCACAGGGUUUUUCCCCCUUGAACUAAAAUAAAAUCAGCUCCUGCAGUGUUGAGAACGUUCUAUAGCGACCACCAUUUGAGACUGCCGAGCCAGCUAGACUAGCUGGGUUUCCGUGUCUCUGUCUUUACAUGGAAUCUUGCAGAAUCCCUGGACAGAUAGUAGCAUUCACAGCAACUGAGUCCAACUGAGCCGCGGGAUCAAAAAUCAAAAAGUAUAUAUAAUCAAAGUAUAUAUACGAGGAGACACUGUCACAACUUUAUAAAAACAAUACACCGAGGUCCCUCGUUCCCUGUUCAACAUACGUCAUUCUACUUGUAGCACUGGUUGUCCUGAAAAGAAAUGAUAAAACAUUUAAUUGUGAGAAUUAAUGAGGGCUAGACAUGCAUACAGUGCCUUGCAAAAGUAUUCAUCACCCUUGGCGUUUUUCCUAUUUUGUUGCAUUACAACCUGUAAUUAAAAUUUAUUUUUAUUUGGAUUUCAUGUAAUGGACAUACACAAAAUAGUCCAAAUUGGUGAAGUGAAAUGAAAAAAAAAAACUUGUUUCAAAACAUUAUAAAAAAUAAAUAACGGAAAAGUGGUGUGUGCAUAUCUAUUCACCCCCUUUGCUAUGAAGCCCCUUAAUAAGACCUGGUGCAAACAAGUACCUUCAGAAGUCGCAUAAUUAGUUAAAUAAAGUCCACCUGUAUGCAAUCUAAGUGUCACAUGAUCUCAGUAUAUAUACCUGUUCUGAAAGGCCCCAGAGUCUGCAACACCACUAAGCAAGGGGCACCACCAAGCAAGCGGCACCAUGAAGACCAAGGAGCUCUCCAAACAGGUCAGGGACAAAGUUGUGGAGAAGUACAGAUCAGAGUUGGGUUAUAAAAAAAUAUCAGAAACUUUGAACUUCCCACGGAGCACCAUUAAAUACAUUAUUAAAAAAUGGAAAGAAUCUGGCACCACAACAAACCUGCCAAGAGAGGGCCACCCACCAAAACUCACGGACCAGGCAAGGAGGGCAUUAAUCAGAGAGGCAACAAUGAGACCAAAGAUAACCCUGAAGGAGCUGCAAAGCUCCACAGUGGAGAUUGGAGUAUCUGUCCAUAGGACCACUUUAAGCCAUACACUCCACAGACCUGGGCUUUACGGAAGCGUGGCCAGAAAAAAGUCAUUGUUCGCCAAAAGGCAUGUGGGAGACUCCCCAAACAUAUGGAAGAAGCUACUCUAGUCAGAUGAGACUAAAAUUGAGCUUUUUGGCCAUCAAGGAAAAUGCUAUAUCUGGUGCAAACCCAACACCUCUCAUCACCAUCCCCACAGUGAAGCAUGGUGGUGGCAGCAUCAUACUGUCGGCAUGUUUUUCCAUCGGCAGGGACUGGGAAACUGAUCAGAAUUGAAGGAAUGAUGGAUGGCACUAAAUACAGGGAAAUUCUUGAGGGAAACCUGUUUCAGACUUCCAGAGAUUUGAGACUGGGACGGAGGUUCACCUUCCAGCAGGACAAUGACCCUAAUCAUACCGCUAAAGCAACACUCGAGUGGUUUAAGGGGAAACAUUUAAAUGUCUUGCAAUGGCCUAGUCAAAGCACAGACCACAAUCCAAUUGAGAAUCUGUGGUAUGACUUAAAGAUUGCUGUACACCAGCGGAACCCAUCCAACUAGAAGGAGCUGGAGUAGUUUUGCCUUGAAGAAUGGGCAAAAAUCCCAGUGGCUAGAUGUGUCAAGCUUAUAGAGACAUACCCCAAGAGACUUGCAGCUGUAAUUGCUGCAAAAGGUUGCUCUACAAAGUAUUGACUUUGGGGGGGGGGGUUAGUUAUGCACGCUCAGGUUUUCAGUUUUUUUGUCUUAUUUCUUGUUUGUUUCACUUUUUUUAUUUUUUGCAUCUUCAAAGUGGUAGGCAUGUUGUCACGAUCGUCGAACACAGUGGACCAAUGCGCAGCGUGAUGAGUGAACAUACUUAUUUUAUUCCACACGAAACAAAACCGAACAGGGGAGGGCCGGGUGGGCAUUCCUCCUCGGAGGCGGUUCCGGCUCCGGGCUUGACCACCACCCUUCGUAGCGCCCCUGGUCCGGUCUGGCCCCGCUGGCUGGAGCUGGACUGGACAUCGGUGGAGCGGAUUGCUUAGGCUCCGAUGUGGAGCAGCUGACCGGUACCUGACCAGGCACCGGUGACCCAGGCAUGGGCUGUGCCGGACUGACGACGCGCACCACAGGCUUGGUGCGGGGAGCAGGAACGGGCCGGACCGGGCUGACGACGCACACCACAGGCUUGGUGCGGGGAGCAGGGACGGGUCGAACCGGGCUGGCGACGCGCACCAUUGGCUUGGUGCGGGGAGCAGGAACAGGCCGGGCCGGGCUGGCGACGCGCACCAUUGGCUUGGUGCGGGGAGCAGGAACAGGCCGGGCCGGGCUGGCGACGCGCACCAUUGGCUUGGUGCGGGGAGCAGGAACAGGCCGGGCCGGGCUGGCGACGCGCAUCAUUGGCUUGGUGCGGGGAGCAGUAACAGGCCGGGCCGGGCUGGCGACGCGCACCAUUGGCUUGGUGCGGGGAGCAGGAACAGGCCGGGCCGGGCUGGCGACGCGCACCAUUGGCUUGGUGCGGGGAGCAGGAACAGGCCGGGCCGGGCUGGCGAUGCGCACCAUUGGCUUGGUGCGGGGAGCAGGAACAGGCCGGGCCAGGCUGGCGACGCGCACCAUAGGCUUGGUGCGAGAGGCAGGAACAGGCCGGACCGGGCUGGCGACGCGCAUCACAGGCUUGGUGCGAGGGACAGGAAUAGGCCGGACCGCACUGGGAACACACACCACUGGCCUUACCCGGGGAUCAGGAACGGGCCGGACCGGACUGGCAACACACCUCAGUACCUCUCGCCGUGCCUCUACAUUUUCCUUCCCUCUACUCGCCAAUGGCUCCCGUAACCCGGUGGCCUUCUCUCCUCGUCCACUAACUCGCCCCUUAUCUGCCCUCAGCAGUCCCGUCGUCCACGGUGUGAGCCCCCCCCUAAACAUUUAUUGGGUUCGUUUCUCCCCCGUGGCUAUGGCCUCCAUGGCUCUCGCCAGACACUCCAGCCUCUGCUCCCAAGUCCAACCUCUCUCCUCCUCACGCGGCUUGACCCAGUCGAGGUUGAUAUCCAUUAGAGUCCUCUCUGGCGUUGGCUCCUGGACACGCUGCUUGACCCAGUCGAGGUGGACAUCCAUUAGAUUCACCUCUGGCGUUGGCUCCUGGACACGCUGCUUGGUCCAGUUAUGGUGGGAUCUUCUGUCACGAUCGUCGAACACAGUGGACCAAUGCGCAGCGUGAUGAGUGAACAUACUUAUUUUAUUCCACACAAAACAAAACUAAACAAAACGAUAACGUGAAGUCCUUGGUUACAAUACAAAACCAACACGGAACAAGAUCCCACAAAACACUGUGGAAAACAGGCUGCCUAAGUAUGGGACCCAAUCAGAGACAACAAGCAACAGCUGAUACUCGUUGCCUCUGAUUGAGAACCACCCCGGCCAACACAGAAACACAUGAGCUAGAUAAUCAACCUAGAACACAAAACACAUAGAAACAACACACCCUGGCUCAACAUAACAGAGUCCCAGAGCCAGGGCGUGACACGUGUUGUGUAAAUCAAAUGAUACAACCCCCCCCAAAAAAAUCUAUUUUAAUUCCAGGUUGUAAGGCAGCAAAAUAGGAAAAAUGCCAAGGGGGGUGAAUUCUUUCGCAACAACUGUAUAAAUCAAAGUAUACUCUUAGAAAAAAAGGGGCUAUCUAGAUCCUAAAAUGGUUAUUUGGCUGUCCCCAUAGAAGAACACUUUGAAUAACCUUUUUUGGUUCCAGGUAGAACCCUUUUGGUCGCAGAUAAAACCCUUUUGGGUUCCAUGUAAAACCCUUUCCACAGAGGUUUCUAUCUGGAAGCAAAAAGGGUUCUACCUGGAGCUAAAAAGGGCUCUCCUAUGGGGACAGCUGAAGAACCCUUUUGGAACCCUUUUUUACUGAAUGUAGUGAAAAAAACUCUGAUUUUGGCUUGGAGUCCCUGGGACGGAUUAGGUUAAAUUCCAUGAUGUCAUACUAAUUUAGGCUUUUCAUCUAGUAGAAUUCGCUGCAUGCUAUUGACCCACGUGUGUUUGACAACAGCUGAUAACCAGCUGAAAAUAAAAAAGGGGAUGGGCUGUAGCAAAAUGAACAAAUGGCGUGAAACAAAUAUGUGUAUGCGACCAAUGAAAUGUGAUUUGAUACAACACAAUUGUGCAUUAGAUGACGCACUCUCAGUAUGGGUGAUUCUAGUAUGUUGAUAUUUGUUGCUUACUACAUACAUUUUAACUAAACAGUACGUUCUAAAUAGUAUGUAGGAUGAUUACUACACAGUGUGUCGUUUUAGUAAGCAAUACACAUUUCGGACACGGCCACAGUCUUUCUAACAUAGGUUCCAGAUAUACAGCAUACUAGGACUAUCGAAGGAAAGUCUGCUGAACAGAUUCUGCAGUUUAGCAGGGCUUUUUGGAUGACUAUAGUUGUUCUGUCCAAAUUAUGUAGCAAACCACAUUUGGAAAUUGGGAUUCCUUUGAUGCAGGAGAUAAUAGGCGAUAGCUGGCGAAUAAUAUAGGCCGAUUAUCCCUGAGCUGAGCGGAAAUUAUUCAAAGGGAAAGCUUUGACUUUAGUAACAUAAGAGAAAUUCCUGUGUCAUAGGCCCUUAACUAAUCUUUAGCCAUGAUUCGAGGCAACAUUGCAGAAUUAUGAGUCAUGGAUACACAAGGGAUAGGGAUUUUACAAUAUUAUUUCAGACAGAAAAGGGAGCAUAUGAAGAGAGCGUGACAUGGCAAGCCCAUUAAACCCACAGUUUGCCCUGCCAAGCCAAACAGUGGGUCGUGAAAGCCCUAACCCAAAACAACACACUUUCAAAGACCAGGCUUGAAGGACAGGUAGCAAAAAUCGAGAUCUGUGCGGAAAACCACACCAGGCCCAGAAUGUAUUCUCCAUCCUUGGACAGGAGAAGGUCAUGGAAAAAGUAGACAAAAUUCCCUUACCGUUUCGUCACAUAAACGUGACUGAGCCACGGCCUGAAGGUGGCCGGUGCACAGUGGAGAUUACACAGCCAAUUUGAGAUUCUCAUUUUACCACCCACAGUGUUAAAUGUAACACUUUCUUCUUGUGUAUAUGUUACCCACCGAAAUAGUGUUAAAUUAACACUUUUAAAAGUCUUGACAAACUAACACCCCUAGAGUGUUGGUUCCCUAACACCAUGGGUGUUGCAAAUUCCAACCUAAAUUAACACUUUAUUAGAGUUGACGCUGUUACACUAUCUCAGUGUUAGGGAAUAACUCAUGUAGUGUUACAGUAUUUUGGGGAGUGUUGUUUUAACACUAAGGAGUAAAGUUUUACUCCUUAGAUCCAGAUGAACAGCGCCGGAGAAGAUGGCUGCCGUUUUACAGCCCUCUAACCAACCCUCUAACCAAUUGUACUAUUAUGUGUGUUUUUCCGCGUUAUUUGUAAUUUAUUUUGUACAAAAUGUUUCUGCCAUCGUCUCUUAUAACCAAAAAGAGCUUCUGGAUAUCAGGACAGCGAUUACUCACCUCGCAUUGGACGAAGAUUUUUUCUUCAACGAGGCGGCCGCGAAGGAUAUCAUACAGACACCCGACAAGGCCCAAAUCCCCGUCAUUCGCGUGAGGAAGAGACGGAGAUAUCGCGGACGCAGAUCCGGGUGCCUUGUAAGGAUCCGACGGCGAGCGAGUAAACUGCCUCUUCCAUCAAUCCUAUUAGCCAAUGUUCAAGCUUUUGAGAAUAAAAUGGACGAUUUAAGAUUACGGUUAUCCUACCAACGGGACAUUAAAAACUGUAAUAUCUUAUGUUUCACGGAGUCGUGGCUGAACGACAACAAUGAUAACAUUCAGCUAGCAGGCUAUACGCUACAUCGGCAGGACAGAACGGCUGACUCUGGUAAGACAAGGGGUGGCGGUCUGUGUAUAUUUGUAAACAACAGCUGGUGCACAAAAUCAAAUACUAAGGAAGUCUCGAGGUUUUGCUCGCCUGAGUUAGAGUAUCUUAUGAUAAGCUGUAGACCACACUAUUUACCAAGAGAGUUUUCAUCUAUAUUUUUCAUAGCUGUCUAUUUACCACCACAAACCAAUGCUGGCAUUAAGAUUGCACUGAAUGAGUUGUACAAGGCCAUUAAUCAACAGGAAAACGCUCAUCCAGAUGCAGCGCUCCUAGUGGCCGGGGACUUUAAUGCAGGGAAACUUAAAUCCGUUCUACCUCAUUUCUACCAGCAUGUUAAAUGUGCAACCAGAGGGAAAAAAACUCUAGACCACCUUUACUCCACACACAGAGACGCAUACAAAGCUCUCCCUCGCCCUCCAUUUGGCAAAUCUGACCAUAACUCUAUCCUCCUGAUUCCUGCUUAUAAGCAAAAACUUAAGCAGGAAGCACCAGUGAUUCGGUUAAUAAAAAAGUGGUCAGAUGACGCAGAUGCUAAGCUACAGGACUGUUUUGCUAGCACAGACUGGAACAUGUUCCGGGAUUCUUCAGACAGCAUUGAGGAGUACACCACAUCAGUCACUGGCUUCAUCAAUAAGUGCAUCGAUGAUGUCGUCCCCACAGUGACCGUACGUGCAUACCCCAACCAGAAGCCAUGGAUUACAGGAAACAUCCGCACUGAGCUAAAGGGUAGAGCUGCCGCUUUCAAGGAACGGGACUCUAACCCGGACGCUUAUAAGAAAUCCCGCUAUGACCUCCGACGAACCAUCUAACAGGCAAAGAGUCAAUACAGGUCUAAGAUUGAAUCAUACUACACUGGCUCUGACACUCGUCGGAUGUGGCAGGGCUUGAAAACUAUUACAGACUACAAAGGGAAGCACAGCCGCGAGCUGCCCAGUGACACAAGCCUACUAGACGAGCUAAACCACUUCUAUGCUCGCUUCGAGGCAAGCAACACUGAAGCAUGCAUGAGAGCACCAGCUGUUCCGGAUGACUAUGUGAUCACGCUCUCCGUAGCCGAUGUGAGUAAGACUUUUAAGCAGGUCAACAUUCACAAGGCCGCAGGGCCAGACGGAUUACCAGGACGUGUACUCCGAGCAUGUGCUGACCAACUGGCAAGUGUCUUCACUGACAUUUUCAACAUGUCCCUGACUGAGUCUGUAAUACCAACAUGUUUCAAGCAGACCACCAUAGUCCCCGUGCCCAAGAACUAUAAGAUAACCUGCCUAAAUGACUACCGACCCGUAGCACUGACGUCUGUAGCCAUGAAGUGCUUUGAAAGACUGGUCAUGGCUCACAUCAACAGCAUAAUCCCAGAAACCCUAGACCCACUCCAAUUUGCAUACCGCCCCAACAGAUCCACAGAUGAUGCAAUCUCUAUCGCACUCCACACUGCCCUUUCCCACCUGGACAAGAGGAACACCUACGUGAGAAUGCUAUUCAUUGACUACAGCUCAGCAUUCAACACCAUAGUGCCCUCUAAGCUCAUCACUAAGCUAAGGAUCCUGGGACUAAACACCUCCCUCUGCAACUGGAUCCUGGACUUCCUGACGGGCCGCCCCCAGGUGGUAAGGGUAGGUAACAACACAUCUGCCACACUGAUCCUCAACACGGGGGCCCCUCAGGGGUGCGUGCUCAGUCCCCUCCUGUACUCUCUGUUCACCCAUGACUGCAUGGCCAGGCACGACUCCAACACCAUCAUUAAGUUUGCCGACGACACAACAGUGGUAGGCCUGAUCACCGACAACGAUGAGACAGCCUAUAGGGAGGAGGUCAGAGAUCUGGCCGUGUGGUGCCAGGACAACAACCUCUCCCUCAACGUGACCAAGACAAAGGAGAUGAUUGUGGACUACAGGAAAAAAAGAGGACUGAGUACGCCCCCAUUCUCAUCGACGGGGCUGUAGUGGAACAGGUUGAGAGCUUCAAGUUCCUUGGUGUCCACAUCACCAACGAACUAUCAUGGUCCAAACACACCAAGACAGUCGUGAAGAGGGCACGACAAAGCCUAUUCCCCCUCAGGAGACUACAAAGAUUUGGCAUGGGUCCUCAGAUCCUCAAAAAAUUCUACAGCUGCACCAUCGAGAGCAUCCUGACUGGUUGCAUCACCGCCUGGUAUGGCAACUGCUUGGCCUCUGACCGCAAGGCACUACAGAGGGUAGUGCGUACGGCCCAGUACAUCACUGGGGCAAAGCUUCCUGCCAUCCAGGACCUCUAUACCAGGCGGUGUCAGAGGAAGGCCCUCAAAAUUGUCAAAGACUCCAGCCAUCCUAGUCAUAGACUGUUCUCUCUGCUACCGCACGGCAAGCGGUACCGGAGUGCCAAGUCUAGGUCCAAAAGACUUCUCAACAGCUUCUACCCCCAAGCCAUAAGACUCCUGAACAGCUAAUCAUGGCUACCCGGACUAUUUGCACUGCCCCCCCACCCCAUCCCUUUUACGCUGCUGCUACUCUGUUAAGUAUUUAUGCAUAGUCACUUUAACUCUACCCACAUGUACAUAUUACCUCAACUACCUCAACUAGCCGGUGCCCCCGCACAUUGACUCUGCAACGGUACCCCCCUGUAUAUAUAGCCUCCCUACUGUCACUUUAUUUUACUUCUGCUCUUUUUUUCUCAACACUUUUUUUUGUUGUUGUUUUAUUCUUACUUUUUUUGUUUAAAAUAAAUGCACUGUUGGUUAAGGGCUGUAAGUAAGCAUUUCACUGUAAUGUCUGCACCUGUUGUAUUCGGGGCAUGUGACCAAUAACAUUUGAUUUGAUUUGAUUUGAUUUAAAGCCUUAUUUGCAUAUUUCUUAGCAUGCCUUUUGCGUGAAUGUGAGUGAUACCCACCCAUGACUGUGUUUGUUAGUGACAGAGACAUGGUUGUUGCAUUCAAUAACUUUUAGACCUGAAGCCUUCACCAAAUGACUGCUUAAGUCAGUGCUUCUCAAUUAUUUUCUGUUACGCCCCCCCUAGGAAGAAGUAAACAUUUCGCGCCCCCCAACUCUCCGCCGCGACUGUAAAUAGUAUAAUUUGUCUAUAAAAUUGUUAUAUGUACACCUCUGCAUAACAUUGUAUCCUUAUUAAAAUUAAAGAAAAUAAAAAAGAAAGAAAUAUAGAUCAACUUACAACAAAGAAUAACUUUAUUAACAUUGUAACAGAAAAUACUUAAAGUGCAUCAAUUUGCCUGAAAUUUAAAAAAAAUGCAACCCUUAUUUAAACUGUAAACAUUUUUUGACCAUUUGAUACUGAAAAAUAAAAUAAAAUAUAAUCAAUAAAUAACAAUACAUUCAAAUUGAUCAGCAACAUUAACUCAGGAGCACAAUAUAUGAAACACUUUGACCUAUAAAACAAAAAUGAAUAAAACAAUUUGUGCUGAUUUAUUUAUUUUUUUAAUCAAAAUGAGGAAGUCAGGAUUAAUGGCUACAAUGAGCACGUUUUGCAGUGCACAGCUUUUCGAAGCGGGGUUUGAAGCAUGAUACUGCAACUCUCAGCUCCUGCUCAAUGUUUAGCUGGGACCUGUACUUGGUCUUCAGUGCAGCAACAGCAGAGAAGCCAGUCUCACAAAGAGAGGCAGUAUCCACUCUUAGCCCUCUGCCCUAAGAGUGGAUACUGCCUCUCUACACUCAGCCAGAAUUCACUCAGUGUCUGUGAUGUGAACCUCAGUCUCAAUGUGGAGUCAGACGUGAUAUCAAUGAACUGGUCCUCCUCUGCAGAGCUGAAACCAGUUGGAGCUGGAGCAUUGAAAUGAUCUCUCACCCAGUCAUAUUGGGAACUGUUUUCAGGGAAGUACUUUUUAAAGAAUCCCAUCAGUGAUGAAAUAUGCUCCUUAAUAUAUGGAAUCACUGAGGUGGCAUCAUAGUCAGUAGUGUCAACAAAUUCAUGCAGGUUCUCGAAUGAAUCAGUAUUUCCUUCAUCAAGUCGCCUGCCCCACAUUGCAAGCCUUCGAGUGAAAGAGCUGAUCUUGUCUGUGAUCUGAGGUGUUUAUCUUUCCCUUGAAGCUGUAGAUUUAGUUCAUUUAGCUUUCCAAAUAUGUCACUCAGGUAGGCCAGCUUUGCCAGGAAGUUCUCAUCACUACAUUUUUCUGCGAGGUCAUACUUGUGCUCCUGCUCCGAAAACAUUCUUAUCUGCUCUCUGAGCUCAAAAACUCGGGACAAGACUUUUCCUCAUGACAGCCACCUUGCUUCACUGUGAAACAGCACAGCUUGAUGUUCAGCUCCCAUCUCCUCACAGAUAGCAGAGAAGACUCUUGUUUUUAGUGGUCUGGUCUUUAUGAAAUUGACUACACCUACAAUGUCAGUCAUAACCUCACUUAAUUCAGAGGAAAGGUGCCUUGAUGCCAGUGCUUCUCUGUGUAUAACACAGUGUGUCCACUCAGCAUUAGGUGAGGCCUUCUUGAUGAGUGCCCAAAGUCCGUUUCUCAUCCCUGCCAUGGUCUGUGCACCAUCACUGCAAACACCAAUGCAGUUCUCCCACUUUAGCCCAUUCUCAGUCAGGAAGUAGUCCAGCAUUUUGAAUAGCUCUUCAGCUGUGGCUCUGUCUCUGACAUAUUUACAAAAAAGUAGAUCCUCACACAGGGAGUUUGUCAUGUCAAAACGUACAUAAACGAUAAACAGUCUUUGUUGCUGUCAGUUGCUUCAUCGAACUGUAAGGCAAAAAGUUUGUCUUUGAGUUUACCAGCUGUUCUUUAAGAUCGUUAUCAAUGUCAUCUAUACGUCUGGCGACAGUGUCAUUGGCGACAGUGUCAUUGGACAGAGGGAUAGUUUUUAUUUUUGCAGCACUUGCGUCAUCCAGCAUGACAGAGACCAUGUCUAAUGCUGCAGGCAGUAUCAGCUCCUCUGCUAUGGAGUGGGGUUUUCUGCACUGAGCAAUUUGGUACGCCACCUUAUAUGACCGCUGGUUUACUGAAGUAGCCUUCACAAAGCGGGACGAUUGUUGGCAAUAUUCGGCACGUUUUCGCUGAAAAAACUCAAGAGGCUUAUCAGCGUGAUUGGGGUGUAAUGUCUUUAAGUGACGCCUUAAUUUAUUUGGCUUCAUGCUGUCCGCUGCCAACAUUUUUAGACACAGUAAACAUACCGGUCUUUCCUCGUCUCCCACCGUAGUCACAGUGAAGCCAAGCGCUACAUACGCUUCGUCAUAUUUCCUCGUCUUAGCUUUCGGGAGACUUUGUCUCAUUAUCUCCGUCUUUCUUUUCAUCCCUGUUAGAUAUGUUUCCAUGGUGUCUCUUAAGGGUUUGUUAUCUGCACUUCAUAUCUCCUGCUCUGUGCUGUGUGCUCUUGUUCAGUGCAAAAAAAACCUACUCCCUGCGGCAAAAAAAAGCAUGUUCCCCGGGGUCACACGCGCCCCCCCUGGCAUCGCUCCGAGCCCCCCCAGGGGGGCGCGCCCCACUAUUUGAGAAGGACUGGCUUAAGUGAAUGUUUUUAAAUUAAAAGUAAACCCUUUAUGACCAAAUUCUAUAGAUUUCGUAAAGCAUUUAGUUAUGGCCUAGUUAUCCUCAACAUUGUGGUCUUAAAAUCCUGGCUCAUGGGCCACAUAAGAUCUGUAAGUCAGGUUUGGGAAGUGAUUAGAAAUUCAUUACAAAAUCCAGUCAGAGGGAGGAUAUCCAACAAUUGCAAUAUUUUAUCACCCACAACCUGCAUUCAGGUUACAGUGAAGGACUUGAUAAACAAGACUAUCUAAACUGGAACAACCAUCUCAGUAACGGGUGCAAUAAGUCCAACCCCUUACAGAUUGGGUUAGUUUAGAAACAUGUAAGUUAUUUAUCUUUGCAUAGUUUAAGGUCAAUUAAUCAAUCAAUGUGCAUGAAGAAACACAUAUUAAAACAAACUAUUUCUAAUACUCAACCUGCAACAAAGCAUGCUGGGAAAUAUGAUAAUGAGGCCUCUCCCACUUAUUUUUAACUCGAAGAGAGUUAACAGAAAUGAACUCAGCAUGGUCGAGUAACAACACCACUGUGAUUCAAAUAACACUUCAAGUAGUCAACGCAGGUGGUGUCAAUUUCAAUCCCACUGGUGUUAACCCCACUAGAAUAAACACUCAGAUAUAACACUCAAAACACUUUUUACCUCAACACUGAGAUUUUAACACUUGAGAAUUUGCUGGGUAGGGUUAAAUAUUAUCCCGGUAUUUUAUAAAUGUUCCAUCCCGAGAAUAAAUCACUUUUCUCCUGGGUAAACCGGUAUUCUAAAGCAUUUGAAACCAACAGACAGAAUCAUGUGCCAUUCUAAAACUCAAAUUAUACACAGCAGAGUCAGACAACCAUCAGAUUCGGUUCCAACACCCCUAAAACCAACUAAUCAAAAAGCCCCCACACCAUGGCCCAAAUAGCAAUACAUAUCAGUCCGAUGUGGUCCUGAUAGCGUGCGGAGGGAAAAGGAGCAGGGCUCAGGGGGCAAGACAUUUUAAAUAUGUUUGGAUUAGAGUUUUGAUAGGCAUGAAAAUUCAAGCCGGAGCCAGAUGAGCCCUACAAUAAAUACAUUUUAUGAGCCCUACAUUAAAGACAUUUUAUGAGCCCAAGGCAAAAAAAGCCCAAAUGAUUGUGCUGUUAUCCAAUACAUAUGAUAGGCUAUACCGCACAUUACGCAAAAUAGAAAAACAUAAAAGCCCAUUGAUGUAUGCUUUCUUGGGUAAAUAAAUUAAACAAGCUCCAAUUAUCUUUUUGAGUGUGGACUAUGACUUUGCUGUGUUUUAAUAUAAUGUAUUAUAUGGACUGGAAUUAUGCACCUCUUUCAAACCAUGAAGCUGGGAGAGAAGACACAACGCUGGUGCUGGACACACGGCCUACAAACGUACAAUUAUAGGUUAACGAAUUUGAUUUUAAUUUGGAAUAAUAAUAGGGCCUGACUUGUGCUCUGAUAUCUGCUUCACUGAUUUCUGCUCUCGUAAAAGCCUGGGUUUUCUGCACGUUAACACUAGAAGCUAAUUACAUCAAAUGGAUCAAUUGAAAGUGUGGGUUCACAUCUCAAAUACAGGUGUGUUGGUCAUUACUGAGACUGUAGCUCAGUUGGUAGAGCAUGGCGCUUGCAACGUCAGGGUUGUGGGUUCGGUUCCCACGGGGGGCCAGUAUGAAAAAUCUAUGCACUCACUAACUUUAUGUCGCUCUGGAUAAGAGCGUCUGCUAAAUAACUAAAAUGUUAAGAAAGAGUGUUUUGAACACUGAUGUUAACCUUUCUGGUUACAGUGGCUUGCGAAAGUAUUCACCUCCCUUGGCAUUUAAAAUGGAGUUUUUGGGGGUUUGUAUAAUUUGAUUUACACAACAUGCCUACCACUUUGAAGUUGCAAAAUAUUUUUUGGGGUGGAACAAAAAAGAAAUAAGACAAAAAAAAACAGAAAACUAGAGCGUGCAGCCACCUUUUGCAGCAAUAACAGAUUCAAGUGUCUUGGUGAUACAGAAAUUAAUUCUAUAUACAGGUUAAAAGUAAUGACUAAAUGUUCCACCCUUAAAUAUAGUUGUGAAAUGUUCUUGUUUUAAGUAUGAUUAGUACUUUCUUAGUAGUGACUAAUUAUUACACUCUGAAACUGUGUGAGAUGUGUUAGAAUCUACUACCUGGUAAUGUGUGAGUGUAGGACCAGUAAAGAUUAUGACAUUGUGUUACUAUUUAGCAAUGUGAGUAAGAGUUAGGCCAGACAACAAAGGACAAGGAGAACUGUUUACAGGCAACUGAGAAACCAAGAUAACUGAGGAAUUUAGGGAGGAGAGAGACUAUGAUAAGAAAAUGUAUGUGUGUGAAUGUGUAUAUGUGUGUGCAUAUGUGUGUGUAUGCAUGUGUGUGUGUGUGUAUACGUGUGUGUGUAUGCAUGUGUGUAUGUGUGUGUGUGUGUGUGUGUGUGAAUUGAUGGUCAGGAGAGCAAUUAUUAUAAAGUGGAAAACUACAGCCUGCCUACAGAGAGGAGGGAUUUUUGUAUGACUUAUGAGUAUAAAAGAUGGACUCUGAAAUUGUGAUGGCAGAAUUCUCAAUGAAUAAAAUCUCUGACUAUGCAGACCGAGACUCUGUCCGUUUCUUAAAUCCAAAAGACUUACAACCUUUUGGGAGAUGCAAAGAGACACUGAAAUAGUUUGUUAAAUGAUUCACAUAACAGCUUGGUCCUUCGAGCCGGAUUCCAAUACCUGCCUCUGUCAUUCCAGGUAACUCUGAAAACCGUCGACGGGCGAAUGAUACAUUCGUAAAUAGAAAGUCCUGCCCUUUGACAUUAAGGGUUAAGACAGGCCAGAGGACACCUGAUUAAUGACAGAGACGGAAUCCAAAUCUACAUUGAAUCUCGGCUGCAAGGAUAAGGUCAGUAGUCUUUAUUCAUUACUUGGUGGAAUUGAUUUGAAAACUUGCUAAAAUAUUGACUGAGGGUAACGUCAUAAUUUAAAGUAGCAAAUGUAUCAAUGCGUAGCCAUUUUAAGGUCGCCGAUUUAAGGUUGUAGCCAAUUUAACGUUGGUGGGUCCGUAACGAUUCACGGUAAUAGGCCAAUUACCAAAAGAAACUACCCUGUAUUCAGAGAACCUGUAGUAGAUUAUAGAACAGUAAUGUUCAACAAAUAAUCCGGGAUAAAGAAAUACAGGGAGGGGUGUACACCAGAAGGAAUUAAAAUAGCAUGUGUGAGAAAUAGAAUAUUAGUAAAGUCAAAAGUCACAAACAACUGUAGAUUUUGCCGUAACUCUAUCCGUUUCAUGAAACUGGAGCCUUACAAACUCCGGGUUACCGAUGGUGUUAACCAAUAAUCAUGUAAGGUUGUAUACGUGUGAGACCUAAUAUUUGCUCAAAAGUCACAUCUAUGAAUAAUUCCAGGUGGUUGUAUAGAAAAGAGGGAGAACCCAUUCCUGUUGUAUGGGGCUGUCAGGAAUGAUCAAGAUUACAGAGUGAGGAUAAAUUCCUCUGUAGAAUAGGAGAUAAUUCUGGGGGACUAGUACCUAUACAGGAAGGGGUGAUUCCAGGUGUGGUGUGAAACUGUUUUAACUAACUUGUUAUAUAGAAGAGGUGGCAAGAGGAGGGAGAACCCAUUCCUGUUGUAUGAGACUGUCAGGAAUGAUCAAGAUUACAUUGUGGUGAUGAAUUCCUCCGUAGAGUAGGAGAUAAUUCUGGGGGACUAGUACCUAUACAGGAAGGGGUGAUUCCAAUUGCUGUGUGAAACUGUUUUGAAUAACUUGUUAUAUAGAAGAGGUGGCUAAGGGAUUUUUAACAGUACCAACCAUGGGAGGCAAAUCCUCACAAGAGGUCCCAGGAUUUACUGGGGACGAGAAAUACAUGGAAAUUAGAGACAAACAAAAUGUGUAUUAUUUACCUAAUUGAAAAAAAAAUGGCUUUACUGGGCGACUUGAUGUAAUUAAACUGGAAUCCAUGAUUAAACAAAUGCAUGUAAAUGGUGGUACUGAUCUAAAUUAAACAGAAAAGAGAGUAAUUAAACUAGAGUCCAUGAUUAAACAAAUGCAUGUAAAUUGUGGUAAUGAUCUAAAGAAACAGAAAAGAGAGGAACGGGAGGAUUCAGAGCUAAGCUCAGGAGGGAGUCAGUAUGAGUCAGGAGAUGAGAGAGUAGGAGGGGGCUAGUACCCACUGAUAGCCUUACCUAAUCUAUUGGCGGGGAAUGAAAGGGGCCCCAGCAACUUUAGAUGUAUACAGGCCAUGAACACAGAGGAGCGUGACCAGAGCGGUAGAAAGAAUGACGUACCCCAAAACAGGAAUAGUAAGGAUUGGGCUGCCGUUAGAGGGCAGUGGGUAUCAGGGGAUGCCCAGAGGGCACUUUUGCCAUGGGCCGAUGACGGAGGGUAUGUUGGGAAAAUAACUGAAUUGUGUAAUAGCCUCAGAGAACAUUACCAUCAUCAUGCAGACUUCUCUAAAGUACAUAAGUGUAAACAAGAUGACAGUGAGACUGUCAGCCAGUACUUAGAGAGGGUUAAAGAUGUGUUUAACGCAAACAGUGGCAUACCCGAGCCAGACCAGAGACAGGGGAAUGAUACGCCCUACCAUCAGCAAUUAAAAAUAUAGCGUUCCUCAGUGGAAUGAGACCAGAGAUAAGCAGGACCAUUAAAAAUACUUUGAUAGGGUGGAGAAAAGCACAGCAACACAUAUUGAGGUUAAAAAAGUAUGCAGUUUACCAAGAGCAGAUUGGGAGAGAGAAAGAGGAGUAAGAGAGACCUUAAGGGAGUGCCAACUCUCGGAGAGAUAGUGAGGCCAGAACAAAGGAGCAGUGUCCUGGAAAUCACAGUCUGUUUUGUUUUGUUUUUUUCAGUUCUGCUGGGAGUAUAUUUGAUGAUGGGGAUUUGUGUUGGAUGAGAGGCUAGAGACUUCAUAAAAUAAUAAUUGGAAUAAUAAUUAUAUAUUAACUUGCUCACCCAAACGUAGACAUACGUCAUGGGUGAGACAUCAUUAAUAUAAUAUUGUACAAAGCCAAUUUAGGGUUUCCAUUAAGGAACGUCAAUCACUACAUUGGAUAUUAAUACUAUGGAGAUAAAUUAAAUAUAUGCUGGUCAACUACGGCAUGUGUUUGGUGUUAUUUGUAGUCUACUUAGAAAGAACAGUUACCUAUAUCUGCUGUAUUCUAAACAAUGACAGAUUGGGGGUUUCAUAAGAGGUGGCUAUAAUUUUAGUUGAUAACAGAGGUAAUUAGAUUUGAGAAAUGUUGAAAAGUAAUGUUAGAUGGAAAGUCAGCAAUAGAGGAUAGAGAUUGUACAGGGUUUCCUGUGUGAAAAAAAAAAGUAAUAGAAAUUGGGUGAUAAGAAAUGUUGAAUUGCAUUGUUUAAGCAAGAAUGGCAUUAAAUUCAUGCUUUCUAGUUAUGUGUAUGCAAAUAUGUUAUUCGUUUUUGGUGGUGUGUGGAUAGAAUUUACUAAUGCCAGGAUUUAGUAAACGAAGCAAAGAGAUGUAGUGAGAGCAGUGGAAGGGAUACCCCACCCUAAAAUGGGGGUACACCUGUCACGGAUUCUGCCGAGGCUGCUCCUCCUCCUGGUUCGGGCAGGCUUCGGUGUUCGUCGUCCCCGGAGUACUAGCUGCCACCGUUGAAUGUUUCUAUGUGUGAUUGCUUUUGUCUGUCUGUCACACCUGUGUCCGUUUGUGUCUGAUUACAUGUUCUAUAAGUUGCCUGUGUUGUAUUGGUUAGGUUGUGUGUUGUUUUUCGCCUGUCCGUAGUGCUGCGUGUUUUUCUCUGUUUUGUUGUUUUACGCAUAGUUGCGUAAUUGCUCGCCUCUGUCGUUUUGAGGCCGUUCUUUGUAUCUUUGCCUUGUGGUUCACAAGUAAACUUUGUUGGACUAAGCUUCGGUGUCCUGCGCCUGACUCCCACACCACAUACACCUCAGCCCUGACAGAACAACACACCAGUAUGGAGUCAGCAGGAGCAGUGGCGGCACCCUAGUCGCUGGAGGAUCGGAUCAGCGACCAAGACACCAUGAUCCGGCAACUUGGGGCCGCCAUGAACGAGGUGUCCAACACUCUGCGCCGGUUGGUUACGGGAGAGGUGCCCACGCCUUCUCACACCAUCCCGUCACCAACGGCCAGUCCUCCUCUCUCAGCACCGGGACCCAGUGGCAUUCGGCUCUCGCUCCCGAGGGCAUAUGAUGGUUCUGCAGCCGGGUGUCAGGGGUUCCUCCUGCAGGUGGAACUCUACCUGGCCACCAUACACCCAGCGCCCUCGGGAUACGAGAGCGUCUCCGCCCUCAUCUCCUGUCUAUCCGGCAAGGCGUUGGAGUGGGCCAACGCCGAAUGGAGGGGAAUAGACGCCGCUACCAUCACCUACGCGGAGUUCUCCCGCCGCUUCAGGACUGUCUUCGAUCAUCCACCUGAGGGGAAGGCGGCGGGGGAGCGUCUGUUCCACCUCCGACAGGGGAAGAGGAGCGCACAGGAGUUCGCCCUGGAGUUCCGGACUCUAGCGGCGGAUGCGGGGUGGAAUGAGAGGGCCCUCAUCGACCAUUACCGGUGUAGCCUACGAGAGGACGUUCGUCGUGAGCUGGCCUGCAGGGACACCAACCUAUCCUUCGACCAGUUGGUGGACAUCUCCAUCCGUCUCGACACCCUGCUGGCUACCCGCGGACGUCCCGAGUGGGGGUCGUCCAUUCCACCCUCCAGCACCUCCGAGCCGAUUCCCAUGGAGCUCGGAGGUGCUGGCGCUAGAGAGAGGAGGAGAGAGAGCCCGAGGGGGGCCAUCCCCUGCACCAACUUUGGCCGUGGAGGACACACCGCGGCCAGGUGCUGGGGAGGGUCUCCUGGGAGAGGGGACAACAGGUCACGCACUGGGGAGUCAUUCCAGGUGAGUAGGCGCCCCACUUACCCAGAGCUCUCUGUUGGUCACAUGUGUAUACCUGUGAGAUUUCCACAGGUGGCACCUCAUUCCCAGCAUAAGGCGCUAGUAGAUUCAGGCGCAGCUGGGAAUUUUGUUGAUCGUGCAUUUUGUUAUAGGUUAGGAAUUCCCCUUCGGCCGGUAGAAGCCCCCUUUACUGUUCAUGCCCUAGACAGCCGGCCAUUGGGGUCGGGGUUGAUCAGAGAAGUCACAGCACCACUUAAGAUGACGACGCAGGGGGGUCAUGAGGAGAUCAUUCAGUUUUAUCUGAUUGACUCUCCUGCGUAUCCCGUGGUGCUGGGGCUUCCCUGGUUAAGCGCCCAUGAUCCUACCAUUGCGUGGCAACAGAGGGCUCUUAUGGAGUGGUCUGCCCAGUGUGUAGGGAGAUGUCUAGGUGUUUCCUUAGGGGCGACCUCGGUGGAGAGUCCGAACCAAGUGCCCGCAAUGCGCAUUCCCCCUGAAUAUGAGGAUUUAGCACUUGUGUUCAGCAAAACGAGGGCAACACGGCUACCACCUCAUAGACAGGGGGAUUGUGCGAUAGAUCUCCAAACAGGAGCGGCACUUCCGCGGAGCCGUGUGUAUCCCCUGUCUCAAGAGGAGACAGCGGCUAUGGAGACUUACAUAGCCGAGUCCUUGGCACAGGGAUACAUACGGUCCUCCACUUCCCCGGUUUUCCUCAAGUUUCUUUUUUGUGAAGAAGAAGGACGGGGGUUUGCGCCCGUGUAUUGAUUACCGUAGUCUCAAUCAGAUCACGGUUAAGUACAGUUACCCUCUUCCACUGAUUGCGACUAUGACAGAAUCAUUACGCGGAGCGCGGUUCUUCACAAAGUUGGAUCUCAGGAGCGCGUACAAUCUGGUGCGCAUUAGGGAGGGGGAUGAAUGAAAAACAGCAUUUAGCACCACCUCGGGUCAUUACGAGUAUCUCGUCAUGCCAUACGGGUUGAUGAAUGCUCCUUCAGUCUUCCAAUCCUUUGUUGACGAGAUUUUCCGGGACAUGCAUGGGCAGGGUGUGGUAGUAUACAUCGACGACCUCCUAGUGUACUCUUCUACACGAGCCGAGCAUGUAGCCCUGGUGCGCCGAGUGUUGAGGAGACUGUUGGAGCAUGACUUGUAUGCCAAGGCAGAGAAAUGCUUGUUCUUCCAGGAGUCCGUCUCCUUUUUGGGUUAUCGGUUGUCCGCAUCUGGUGUGAAGAUAGAGGUUGACCGUGUGUCGGCCGUGCGUAAUUGGCAAACUCCAACCACUGUAAAAGAGGUGCAGCAGUUUUUGGGUUUUGCUAAUUACUACCGGAGGUUUAUCCGGGGCUUUGGACAGGUUGCAGCUCCCAUUACGUCCCUGUUAAAGGGGGGUUCGGUUCGCUUGCAGUGAUCAGCUGAGGCGGACAGGGCAUUUGUCAAAAUGAAAAACCUGUUCACCUCGGCUCCGGUGCUGGCGCAUCCGGAUCCCUCUUUACCAUUCCAAGUAGAGGUGGACGCGUCCGAGGCCGGUAUUGGGGCAGUCCUGUUGCAACGGUCCGGAACGCCACCUAAGCUCCGCCCCUGUGCGUUCUAUUCUAAGAAGCUCAGCUCGGCGGAGCGUAAUUAUGACGUAGGGGACAGGGAGCUGUUAGCUGUAGUCCAGGCCCUAAAGGUGUGGAGGCAUUGGCUUGAGGGGGCUCAACACCCUUUCCUCAUUCUGACUGACCACCGUAACCUGGAGUACAUCCGGGCAGCUAGGAGAUUGAACCCUCGUCAGGCUAGGUGGAACAUGUUCCUGACCCGGUUUGUUUUUAAGAUCACAUACAUCCCAGGGUCCCAGAACGGUAAGGCAGACGCCCUGUCCCGGCGGUAUGACACAGAGGAGAGGUCCAUUGAACCUACUCCCAUACUGCCGGAGUCUUGUCUGGUGGCUCCGGUGGUGUGGGAGGUCGAUGCGGAGAUCGAGCGGGCACUGCGUACCGACCCUACUCCCCCCGAGUGUCCUGUGGGGCGGACGUACGUUCCGCUCGAGGUUCGUGAUCGCCUUAUCUAUUGGGCUCAUACAUCACCCUCCUCUGGACAUCCAGGUAUUGGCCGGACAGUCCACUGCCUUAGCGUGAAAUACUGGUGGCCAACGUUAGCUAAGGAUGUGAGGGUUUAUGUCUCCUCCUGCUCGGUGUGCGCCCAGUGUAAGGCACCUAGACAUUUUCCCAGGGGAAAGUUACAUCCCCUGCCCGUUCCACAACGACCAUGGUCCCACCUCUCGGUGGAUUUUGUGACCGACCUACCCCCCUCCCAGGGGAAUACCACCAUUUUGGUCGUUGUGGAUCGGUUUUCCAAGGCCUGUCGUCUCCUCCCAAUGCCGGGUCUCCCUACUGCCCUACAGACCGCUGAGGCCCUAUUUACCCACGUGUUCCGGCACUAUGGGGUCCCCGAGGAUAUUGUGUCUGACCGAGGUCCCCAGUUCACCUCCAGAGUCUGGGGGGCGUUCAUGGAACGCUUGGGGGUCUUGGUGAGCCUUACCUCGGGGUACCACCCAGAGAGCAAUGGGCAGGUUGAACGAGUCAACCAGGAUGUGGGUAGGUUUCUGAGGUCCUAUUGCCAGGGCCGGCCGGAGGAGUGGUCUAGGUAUAUCCCCUGGGCAGAGAUGGCCCAGAACUCUCUCCGCCACUCCUCCACCAAUUUAACACCUUUCCAGUGUGUUUUAGGGUAUCAGCCGGUCCUGGCACCUUGGCACGAGAGCCAGAUCGAGGCCCCUGCGGUGGAUGAGUGGAUUCGGCGCUCGGAGGAGACGUGGGACGCUGCCCAUGUCCAUCUGCAGCGGGCCAUCCGUCGACAAAAGGCGAGCGCCGAUCGCUACCGCAGUGAGGGACCGGUGUACGCACCGGGAGAUCGAGUCUGGCUCUCGACUCGAAACCUGCCCCUCCGCCUGCCCUGCCGGAAGCUGGGUCGGCGGUUUGUGGGGCCCUUUAAAGUCCUGAGAAGAUUGAACGAGGUGUGUUACAGGUUACAACUGACUAUUGAGUACAAUAAUAUUAACCCCUCGUUCAAUGUGUCUCUUCUCAGGCCGGUGGUAGCUGGCCCACUCCAAGAACAUGAGAUAGGAGAGACCCCUCCGCCCCCUUUGGACAUCGAGGGUGCCCCGGCGUACAGGGUCCGGACCAUCUUGGACUCGAGGCGCCGGAUGAGUGGUCUCCAGUAUCUCGUGGAGUGGGAGGGGUACUGUCCGGAGGAACGGUGCUGGGUGCCUAGGAAGGACAUCCUAGAUCCAUCCCUCCUGACGGAGUUCCACCGUGGGCAUCCCACGCGCCCGGGUCCGCGUCCUCCUGGCCGUCCCCGAGGCCGGGGUCGGCGCACGGCUGGAGCCGCGCGUCAAGGGGGGGGUACUGUCACGGAUUCUGCCGAGGCUGCUCCUCCUCCUGGUUCGGGCAGGCUUCGGCGUUCAUCGUCCCCGGAGUACUAGCUGCCACCGUUGAAUGUUUCUAUGUGUGAUUGCUUUUGUCUGUCUGUCACACCUGUGUCCGUUUGUGUCUGAUUACGUGUUCUAUAAGCUGCCUGUGUUGUAUUGGUUAGGUUGUGUGUUGUUUUUCGCCUGUCCGUAGUGCUGCGUGUUUUUCUCUGUUUUGUUGUUUUACGCAUAGUUGCGUAAUUGCUCGCCUCUGUCGUUUUGAGGCCGUUCUUUGUAUCUUUGCCUUGUGGUUCACAAGUAAACUUUGUUGGACUAAGCUUCGGUGUCCUGCGCCUGACUCCCACACCACAUACACCUCAGCCCUGACAACACCAGUUCAGAAGAGAUAUGGAAUGGCUGACCGCCAGCUUUAAGCUGAAUACAGGGGAACUAGAGAGGGUGUCAGACAGAUAGUGUUAAAGGACUGGGCGGCAGUGAGAGGAAACUGGGUUCCCGGAAUGGAAUGCGCCGGUUCUGGAGUGGGCAGAAGGAGGGGCCUAUGGAGAUAAAUUGGCACAACUCUGUGAUAAUCUGAGAGACUAUUAUCACAGACAUGCCGACUUCUCCAAAGUCCAUGAGUGUAAACAGGGAGACAGCGAGACUAUUAGUCAAUACCUAGGAGAGAAGAGAGGUUACGGUAGCAAAGACAGACAAGAAGGAAACGGUAAUAGUGGAGACAGGAGUGAGUGGAAGUGUUACAAUUGUGAGAAAAUUGGACAUUUUGCUAGAGAAUGUGAGGAACCGUGUAGUUACUGUGCAAGGAAAGGGCACCAGUUAAGAAACUGAGGCAGGAAUCCUCAUGACCUGGCUAUUUUGGUUUGUUGUUUUUUAAUUGGGGUUUUCAAAUAAAAAACAACACACCUAGUAUGAUGUUUAGUAAGCCUUGUUAUUUUGAUUUUAGGGGGUUUUCAACAGGUCAAAGGUGAUAAGUCUUAAAGGAGUUUAGGGUAUACAUGAUUUCUUAUGAGAAUAAAUGUCAUGAGGACUUAAUGAACACUUGGGAUAAGUAACAUCUAUGAAAUAUUUAGAAUGAUGGUAAUGUUUAGUAUACUAUGGGAUGGAACAGUUCGUUGAAUUAUUUCAAUUGCCUCUGAACUCUGUUUUGACUUUCUGGUGUUAAUUGAUCAUCCACACUGGUAAAUUCUAAAGGCAUGAGAGGAGGUCUUUAAGAUGCAAUAUUGACACACGGGCAGAGCCAUGUGUCAACAGGAGGGAUGGAUGGUAGAGCAGAUUAGACAACACUUUGUUGCAUAUGGGAUUACUAAUUAUUUAAAAAAUUAAACUUUUGUUCAAGAUGUGUUAUCUGUGCUCAAAAUAAUCACCAGGGCAGACAAAGGGCACCUCAGGAUGAGUAUCCUCCGGCUAAGUACCCCUUCCAGCAAUUGGAAAUAGAUUUUAUAGAGUUAUCACGGAGUGAAGGGAAGAAAUUUAGAGUAACCCCAGAUAAAGAUGGGUUAUCCCCCUUUGAGAAAGUGUUUGGAAGACCUUACAGAAUGCCACAGUUGGCAGGACCAGAACAGGCAGACAUAGAACUAGAGAAUACACUAGCAGAACACAUGAGAACAUUGUUCGUUAACCAUACCCGUAUGUCUAAGAAUUUGUGUCCUACAGGAGAAUUAAAGGAGAAGGUGAUUCAUAGUAUAUAACCUGGAGACUGGGUGUGGAUCCAAUCGUUGAGGAAAAAGGAUUGAAAGCAGUCACGCUGGGAGGGACCAUACCAAGUCCUAUUGGUAACUGCCUUCGCUAUAAGAAUAGCUGAGAGAGCCACUUAGGUCCACGUUACCCACUGCAAAAAGGUAGGCCCAUAUACCAACACCGUUGAACACACACAGAGUUAAAGAGAAGAACUGACUCACUAGGGUUCGGGGGUAAACUCUGUUAAUGAAGAAACCCUACCCCGACCUUUCAUCACUGUGGGGUGUUUAUAGAGGUGUGGGUAUGGGGAAGUACCAGGCAGGUGGGUCAGGGACAGGAUUGGGAUGGCGCUUUUGGGGAUUUUGGGGGACUCUGAGCUGCAUCAUCAUGUUAACCAUAUUAUGGAUUAAUCCAGAUCAACCUAAACAGGGAAAUGGUGCACUGAUUUGAUCUCAUAGAAAUACUGAAACCAAGAAAGACUAUUGGGGGAAUUAUUAUUUUAAUAGUUAAAGUCAGUUUAGGACAAGAUGGGGGAUUCAAGAUACCAUUAGACUUCUCCCAUGAAGAGAUAGGAGGUUUUGGGGGCUUUGGUAAGAAGGGGGCGUGUACAAGAAAGUUAGGUCCUAGAAGGUAUGGUAAAUACAUUUGCACUGGGGAACGCUCAUGUCCUUGGGCAAGGGUGUUUAAACAUACCUGGGGAACUCAUCUAGGGCGUUGGGUCAAACUAAUUGUUAUGCCUGUUCAACAGGCAGGCCAACCCUUGUAACUGCACCUAUGCCUCAGACCAUGUUCUCUUGUGUGAUAGAUUUGGGAUCAAACCAAACCUCACCUAAUUGUUCUGAUAUUAAAAUAACCACUCUUAAAAAGGAUAAUACUAAGGCACCCCAAUACACCAUGAACCCCGGAGAUUAUCAAUGUUAUACACACCAAAAUAAUGUGAAUCACAGAUCAAAUUGGAGAAGGGUUUACAACAACUUUUUCUGGUGGGUUACAAUUGAUAAAAAUGUUGACUGGAUUAAUUACAUCUACAAAGGUUUGUUAAUUAGACAAUGGAUGCAGUGAAGAGAAUCUCAGGCCAACUAUCUGCCACCUCACUCAUGACCUGCAGAAUAGUUUGGUUCUCGAAAUGCUUUUAGCAGAGAAGGGCGGAUUUGCAAGAUGGUGUGAGGUCAUUGUUGUAGGUUUAUCCCCAACAAUACAGCCCCAGAUGGUACAGUAACUAGAGCACUGGCAGGUCUCACUGCAUUAAGUAAAGAAUGGGCUGAGAACUGGGGGGUGAAUACAUCAAUGACUGGUUGAUUUGAUAACAUGUUUGGUAAAUGGAAAACUAUUGUUGUAACUAUUUUAGGCGAGGCAAUCGCAUCUAUGGGUAUGCUUGUUCUUUGUGGAUGUUGUCUUAUUCCCUGUGUCCGAGGGUUGGUGAGCAAGGCGUUGGAGUUGCAGUAUCACAGCAGAUGGUGAGAUACGGCCCAAUCCCGGAAUGAAGAAAUGACCCACCAGGCUUGGUGGAGGAUGACGACGAUUCAGAUAGUUUGAGACUGGAUGUUUUCCUAGAACUAUAAAUAUCUAGUUUAAAAGUAAUUGUAAUGAUUUUCUGUGUAUUAAAGUGUGGAUAAUAUAGUCAAAGUGUGGAUUGAUAUAGAAAUUAAUUCUAUAUACAGGUUAAAAGUAAUGACUAAAUGUUCCACCCUUAAAUAUAGUUGUGAAAUGUUCUUGUUUUAAGUAUGAUUAGUACUUUCUUAGUAGUGACUAAUUAUUACACUCUGAAACUGUGUGAGAUGUGUUAGAAUCUACUACCUGGUAAUGUGUGAGUGUAGGACCAGUAAAGAUUAUGACAUUGUGCUACUAUUUAGCAAGUAGUAGCAAUAAGAGUUAGGCCAGACAACAAAGGACAAGGAGAACUGUCUACAGGCAACUGAGAAACCAAGAUAACUGAGGAAUUUAGUGAGGAGAGAGACUAUGAUAAGAAAAUGUAUGUGUGUAAAUGUGUAAAUGUGUGUGCAAUGUGUGUGUAUGCAUGUGUGUAUGUGUGUGUGUGUGUGAAUUAUUGGUCAGGAGAGCAAUUAUAAAGUGGAAAACUACAGCUUGCCUACAGAGAGGAGUGAUUUUUGUAUGACGUAUGAGUAUAAAAGUCUCUGAAAUUGUGAUGGCAGAAUUCUCAAUUAAUAAAAUCUCUGACUAUGCAGACCGAGACUCUGUCCGUUUCUUAAAUCCAAAAGACUUACAACCUUUUGGGAGACGCACAGAGACACUGAAAUAGUUUGUUAAAUAAUUCACAUAACACUUGGGGUAUGUCUCUAUAAGCUUGGCACAUCUAGCCACUGGGAUAUUUGCCCAUUCUUCAAGGAAAAACUGCUCCAGCUCCUUCAAGUUGGAUGGGUUCCGCUGGUCAUACGACAGAUUCUCAAUUGGAUUGAGGUCUGGGCGUUGACUAGGCUAUUCCAUUCCAUUUAAAUGUUUCCCCUUAAACCACUCAAGUGUUGCUUUAGCAGUAUACUUAAGGUCAUUGUCCUGCUGGAAGGUGAACCUCCGUCCCAGUCUCAAAUCUCUGGAAGCCCUGUAUUUAGCGCCAUCCAUCAUUCCUUCAAUUCUGACCAGUUUCCCAGUCUCUGCCGAUGAAAAAAACGGUGUUGAGAGGUGUUGGGUUUGCGCCAGACAUAGCGUUUUCCUUGAUGGCCAAAAAGCUCAAUUUUAGUCUCAUCUGACUAGAGUACCUUCUUCCAUAUGUUGGGGAGUCUCCAACAUGUGUUUUGGCGAACACAAAACAUGUUUGCUUAUUUUUUUCUUGAAGCAAUGGCUUUUUUCUGGCCACUCUUCCGUAAAGCCCAACAGUGUGGAGUGUAUGGCUUAAAGUGGUCCUAUGGACAGAUACUCCAAUCUCCGCUGUGGAGCUUUGUAGCUCCAGGGUUAUCUUUGCUCUUAAUGUUGCCUCUCGGAUUAAUGCCCUCCUUGCCUGGUCCAUGAGUUUUGUUGGGCGGCCCUCUCUUGGCAGGUUUGUUGUGGUGCCAUAUUCUUUCAAUUUUUGAAUAAUGUAUUUAAUGGCGCUCCGUGGAAUGUUCAAAAUGUCUGAUAUUUUUUGUUAUAACCCAACCCUGAUCUGUACUUCUCCACAACUUUGUCCCUGACCUGUUUGGAGAGCUCCUUGGUCUUCAUGGUGCCGCUUGCUUGGUGGUGCCCCUUGCUUAGUGGUGUUGCAGACUCUGGGGCCUUUCAGAACAGGUGUAUAUAUACUGAGAUCAUAUGACACUUAGAUUGCACACAGUGGACUUUAUUUAACUAAUUAUGUGACUUCUGAAUGUAAUUGUUUGCACCAGAUCUUAUUUAGGGGCUUCAUAGCAAAAGGGUGAAUACAUAUGCACGCACCACUUUUCCGUUAUUUAUUUUUUUGAAUGUUUUGAAACAAGUUAUUUUUUUUCAUUUCACUUCACUAAUUUGGACUAUUUUGUGUAUGUCCAUUACAUGAAAUCCAAAUAAAAAUAAAUUUUAAUUACAGGUUGUAAUGCAACAAAAUAGGAAAAACACCAAGGGGGUUGAAUACUUUUGCAAGGCGCUGUAUAACCUUUUUCAGCAAGACAGAUCUUCCAAAGUUAAUGGAGUGGCAAUCUUUACCAAGGAACACCUUCAGUGCUCGGUUGUCUCCACCAAGUCUGUCCCCAAACAAUGUGAUUUGCUGGUUUUAAGCAUUAAACUUUCAAAUAGCUCUUUGUUGACUAUUGCUGGGUGUUAUCGUUCACCAUCAGCACCGGCCUGUACCAUAAAUGCCCUAAGCUCUCUCCUGGCCCCUUACACUAAGUCUGAAUUUGACCUGCGAGGUGGCCUAAACUGGGACAUGCUUAAACCACCUGACCAAGUCCUAAAGCAAUGGGACUCCCUAAAUCUUUCUUAGAUUAUUACCAAUCCCACAAUGUACAGUCAUGGUCAAAAGUUUUGAGAAUGACACAAGUAUUGGUCUCCACAAAGUUUGCUGCUUCAGUGUUCUUAGAUCUUUAUGUCAGUAGUUACUAUGGUACACUGAAGUAUAAUUACAAUCAUACCAUAAGUGUCAAAGGCUUUCAUUGAAAAUGACAUUCAGUUUAUGCAAAGAGUCAAUAUUUGCAUUGUUGACCCUUUUUUUUCAAGACCUCUGCAAUCCGCCCUGGCAUGCUGUCAAUUAACUUCUGGGCCACAUCCUGACUGAUGCCAGCCCAUUCUUGCAUAAUCAAUGCUUGGAGUUUGUCAAAAGUUGUGGGUUUUUGUUUGCCCACCCACCUCUUGAGGAUCGACCACAAGUUCUCAAUGUUAUCCUGGCCAUGGACCCAAAAUGUCAAUGUUUUGUUCCCCGAGCCACUUAGUUAUCACUUUUGCCUUAUGGCAAGGUGCUCCAUCAUGCUGGAAAAGGCAUUGGUAGUCACCAAACUGUUCUUGGAUGGUUGGGAGAAGUUGCUCUCGAAAUAUGUUUUAGUACCAUUCUUUAUUCAUGGCUGUGUUCUUAGGCAAAAUUGUGAGUAAGCCCACUCCCUUGGCUGAGAAGCAACCCCACACAUGAAUGGUCUAAGGAUGCUUUACUGUUGGCAUGACACAGGACACCUUGUCUUCUCCGGGAUUCAUAAGAGAAAAUGACUCUACCCCAGUCCUCAGCAGUCCAAUCCCUGUACCUUUUGCAGAAUAUCAGUCUGUCCCUGAUGUUUUUCCUGGAGAGAAGUGGCUUCUUUGCUGCCCUUCUUGACACCAGGCCAUCCUCCAAAAGUCUUCGCCUCACUGUGCGUGCAGAUACACUCACACCUGCCUGCUGCCAUUCCUGAGCAAGCUCUGCACUGGUGGUGCCCCGAUCCUGCAGUGGAAUCAACUUUAGGAGAUGGUCCUGGCGCUUGCUGGACUUUCUUGGGUGCCCUGACGCCUUCUUCAUAACAAUUGAACCUCUCUCCUUGAAGUUCUUGAUGAUCCGAUAAAUGGUUGAUUUAGGUGCAAUCUUACUAGCAGCAAUAUCCUGGCCUGUGAAGCCCUUUUUGUGCAAAGCAGUGAUCACGGCACGUGUUUCCUUGCAGGUAACCAUGGUUGACAGAGGAAGAACAAUGAUUUCAAGCACUUUUAAAGCUUCCAGUCUGUUAUUCUGACUCAAACAGCAUGACAGAGUGAUCUCCAGCCUUGUCCUCGUCAACACUUUCCCCUGUGUUAACGAGACAAUCACUGACAUGAUGGCAGCUGGUCCUUUUGUGGCAGGGCUGAAAUGCAUUGGAAAUGUUUUUUGGGGAUUAAGUUCAUUUUCAUGGCAAAGAGGGACUUUGCAGUUAAUUGCAAUUCAUCUGACCACUCUUCAUGAUAUUCUGGAGUAUAUGCAAAUUGCCAUCAUCAACACAGAGGCAGCAAACUUUGUGGAGACCAAUACUUGUGUCAUUCUCAAAACCUUUGACCACAACUGUAUGACUCCAAACACCCAGAAAAGGCUACUCUCCUUGAUGUUAUCCUCACAAAUAUUCCUGAUAGGUAUCAGUCUGGUGUUUUGUGUAAUGACCUUAGUGAUCACUGUUUUACAGCCUGUGUUCGUAAUGGCUGCUCAGUGAAACGACCUGUACUGAUUUGUCAUAGACGCUUGCUACAAAACUUGAAUGAGCAAUCCUUCCUUCAUGACCUGGCCUCUGUAAAUUGGUAUAGAAUCAGCUUGAUCCCCUCUGUCGAAGACUCUUGGACAUUCUUUUUUCAUAUUUUCAGUGGUAUUGUUAACAAACAUGCCCCCAUAAAGAAAAUGAUAAUUAAAAACAGGUUCAGCCCCUGGUUCGACCGUGAUCUGCACGAGUUACUCCACCUCAAGAAUUUCAUUUGGGGAAGGCUCGGCACAUGCAUACUCAGGCUGACUGAGUCUCAUUCAGAAAAAUGAGAAAUAAGUGCACUCAGGCUAUCCGGAAGGUCAAAUUUAGUUACUUUAAGGAGCAGUUCUCUCUCUGUGGGUCCAACUCCAAGAAGUUCUGGAAAACGGUUAAAGACCGGGAGAAUAAACCCUCCUCCUCACAGCUGCCCAUGUCCCUUAAUGUUGAUGAUCUGGUUGUUACUGACAAGGAGCACAUGGCUGAGCUCUUUAAUCACCACUUCAUUAAGUCAGGAUUGCUAUUUGACUCAGUCAUGCCUCCUUGCCCGUCCAACAUUUCCUCAUCUCCCACCCUUUCUAAUGAAACUAGUCCCGAUGCUCCUCCCUCUUUUUCCCCUGCAUAGUUUCUCCCUGCAGGCGGUGACUGAGUCCGAGGUGCUGAAGGAGCUCCUUAAACUAGACCCCCAAGAAACAUCUGGGUCAGAUGGUUUGGACCCACAGAACUCUCAAGACUUGUCUGAAGGUCCCCCGGUACCAGUUUAAAUUAUUUAUUUUUACUAUUUUCUAUGCAGUAACCAAAAAAGUGUUAAAGAAAUCCAAAUAGAUGUUAGAUUUUAGAUUAUUUAAAGUAGCCACCCUUUUCCUUGGUGACAAGCAACUAUCCUGCACUAAUUAUCUCCCCGCCCCGUAUAUAAAUGUGACAACAUACGCUGUCUCCAUCUCUUUCUCCCAAUAUUUUUGUCAUUGGCUUCUUCGUGUGUUCCCGUCAGCCUUUGAGAUUUUAGUGUGCUGCUUGUGCUUCUCAUUGAGCUGCCUCCUCCAAGGUGGCUCUGAUUUAAGAAACACGCUUAACUCGUUAUCGAUAAUCAGGGCGCCUCACAUUUUCCGUCAACUUUUGGUUGAAGCACAGAUGGAGGCCAGGGCUCAUUGGAUGUGGGGAAACACAAUAGAUCUCUCUGUUAACCCUUCAGGGCUCUUUAACCUCUACGGGAUCGGUGUCCCGUAUAUGGGAUGGUUGAGCUAGCGUGCGCUAAUGUGAUUAGCAUGACUAUUGUAAGUAACUGCAAACUUUCCAGGACGUAGACAUGUCUUAUAUGGGCAGAAAGCUUAAAGUCUUGUUAAUCCAACUGCACUGUCCAAUUUACAGUAGCUAUUACAGUGAAAAAAUACCAUGCUAUUGUUUGAGGAGAGUGCACAACAACAAAAUACUUAUCAAGGCAACUGGUUUGAUACAUUCACCUCUGAAAGUAAAUAAUGUACUUACAUUCAGUAAUCUUGCUCUGAUUUGUCAUCCUAAGGGUCCCAGAGAUAAAAUGUAGCAUAGUUUUGUUUGAUAAAAUCAAUUUUUAUAUUCAAAUGUAGGAACUGGGUUCUAAAGUUUGAACCCCUGCUGUCUCUGGCUCCACACCCACCCCGCCCGGCCAUCCAAAUGUGUGAAAGUUAGUGCAUAAGCUAAUGAUCCAUCAUGUAUAACAUUCCUGGGAAGGUGUAAACUUACGUUUUGUAUUACCAUAUAAUUUUUGUAUGUUCUCUAUAGUUAUGUACUUGAAAAUGUAUUAAUUGACCAAUUCGGCACAUUUGGGCAGACUUGAUACAAAAUAGUCCAGUAUUGCACUGGAUCAAUCUGAAACUUUCCACACACUGCUUCCAUCUAAUGGCCAAACUCUAAAUUGUGCUUAAACUGCAAUAUUAUAUUGUGGCCUUUCUCUUGCGUUUCAAAGAUCAUGGAACAAAAAUGAUAAUAGAAAAAGCAUGUUUUUUUGUUUGUAUUAUCUUUUACCAUUUCUAAUGUGUUAUAUUCUCCUACAUUACUUUCACAUUUCCACAAACUUCAAAGUGUUUCCUUUCAAAUGGUAUCAAGAAUAUAUAUAUCUCUGCUUCAGGUCCUGAGCUACAGGCAGUUAGAUUUGGGUAUGUCAUUUUAGGCGAAAAUUGAAAAAAAGGAUCCAAUCCUUAAGAGGUUAACAGUCAUAUAAAAUGUAUUUUGAGCACUUCUAUUAUAGCCCAUAGGAACGGUGCUCGCGGUGAGAUUUACUCACACUAUUAGGGACUCCGUCUGGGUUCAUUUGGCAGGACAUAAACCACGGAGCAAGAGGGACCCACCCCUCUUCCAUCAUGUUGGACUUAAUGGAAACCAGUCCAAUUGGUCAGUCUUUGAGGAAGGAUAUUACCUCAGCCAAGUUUCAGCAAAAGCUUACAAAUUGCCCAUGGAUGUUUUCGAAGCAUGUGACGAAUACAAUUUGAUUUGAUACACACACACAAGCAAAAACAGAAGACAUUGGAGAGUAAAAUAGACUAGGUGAGAGGGGAAGAGAGCAGGAGAGGGGAGAGAGAGAGGAUAAGCGGCUGAGUGUCUUACUUUGAGCUGAGGCAGCGUCGAAGUGAGUACGAGGCCCCUCCUCCACAGGUGCGAGAACAUUCACUCCAGGAGCCCCAGGGGUCCCAAAGGGUGUCCCUGUCCUCUUCUGAACGUGCCGUCUGCAAGCUCUACACAGAGUAAAAACAAGACACACCCCUUUUAACAACCCGCCAUUAACAUGCAUGUCACAUGCUCCAUACACAAAACUUAACACCGUCUGUUCUCAAAAAGCGAACAAUUCAAAUCAUUCUCGAAUGUGUCGUUGUAUUCCAAUGUAAUACCAAUGUCAAACCACUGACUGGUAGGCCACUGACCAAUGCCAGCCAUGGCACACACCCUAGCACCUACACAUUGUGAUGUGGACACAGUACCAUGCACAAAGAAAAAAAAAGAAGAUUCAACAUGCAUUUGUAAGGCAACCAGCUGCAAUAAGAUUGUGAGUUUGCUCAACAUUUGGGCAUAUAGCUGAACCAACAUACUUUGUCAAGUUGAAUUGUAUGUUCACUCAACUUAGAAUUUUAGGUUGAGAGAUCAUACAAUUCAACUUGACAAUGUAUUUAACCUUAUUUGCACAUUUCCCAGUGAAAAGUUAUUGCAACACAUUACAUAGUAUAUAUCAUAAGGCCUUUCUUUGAGGGCCUAGUUACACCCUAACGUGGUCUGAAACUCCUGGUUUACAGGCUACAUCAAGCCUGCAAGUCACAUCAUGCUUGCUUGCAAAGUGAUGUGUAAUUCCUAUUGGAAUCCAGCCAGAGUGAAAAUAUCCAUCCCAUGCCCUCCACAAUCCCCUGACCUCAACCAAAUUGAGAUGGUUUGGGAUGAGUCGGACUGCAGAAUGAAGGAAAAACAGUCAACAAGUGCUCAGCAUAUGUGGGAACUCCUUCAAGACUGUUGGAAAAGCAUUCCAGGUGAAGCUGGUUGAGAGAAUGCCAAGAGUGUGCAAAGCAGUCAUCAAGGCAAAGGGUGGCUAUUUGAAGAAUCUUAAAUAUAAAAUAUAUUUCGAUUUCUUUAACACUUUUUUGGUUAUCAAUCAAAUGUAUUGGUCACAUACACAUGGUUAGCAGAUGUUAUUCCGAGCGUCGAUUGCAUCGUCUGUGGACCUAUUGGGGCGGUAAGCAAAUUGAAGUGGGUCUAGGGUGACAGGUAAGGUGGAGGUGAUAUGAUCCUUGUCUUUCAAAGCACUUCAUGAUGACAGAAGUGAGUGCUACAGGGCGAUAGUCAUUUAGUUCAGUUACCUUUAAAUUCUUGGGUACAGGAACAAUGGUGGCAAUCUUAAAGCAUGUGGGGACAGCAGACUGGGAUAGGGAGACAUUGAAUAUGUCCGUAACACACCAGCCAGGUGGUCUGCGCAUGCUCUGAGGACGCGGCUAGGAAUGCUGUCUGGGCCGGCAGCCUUGCGAGGGUUAACACAUUUAAAUGUCUUACUCACGUCGGCCACGGAGAAGGAGAGCCCACAGUUCUUGGUAGCUGGCCGCGUCGGUGGCACUGUAUUAUCCUCAAAGCGGGCAAAGAACUUGUUUAGCUUGUCUGGCAUCAAGACGUCGGUGUCCGGGACGUGGCUGGUUUUCCUAUUGGAGUCCGUGAUUGUCUGUAAACCCUGCCACAUACAUCACGUGUCUGAGCCGUUGAAUUGCGGCUUCACUUUGUCUCGAUAUUGAAGUUUUGCCUGUUUGAUUUCCUUGCGGAGGGAACGACCACUCUGUUUGUAUUCUGCCAUAUUCCCCGUCACCUUACCAUGGUUAAAUGCGGUGGUUCGUGCUUUCAGUUUAUCGCGAAUGCUACGUGGAUUCCGAUUGGUCAGACCAGCAUUGAAUAGUCCUUAGCAUGGUGCUUCCCGUUUGAGUUUCUGCCUAUAGAAAGAGAGGAGCAAAAUGGAGUCGUGGUCAGACUUGCCGAAAGGAGGUCAGGGGAGGGCCUUGUAUGCAGAGCGGAAAUUAGUGUAGCAGUGAUCCAGUGUUUUUCCAGUGCGAGUGCUACAGUCAAUAUGCUGAUAGAAUUUAGGUAGCCUUUUUCUCAAAUUUGCUUUGUUAAAAUCCCCAGCUACAAUAAAUGCAGCCUCAGGAUAUAUGGUUUCCUGUUUGCAUAAAGUCCAGUGAAGUUCCUUGAGGGCCGUCGUGGUAUCGGCUCGAGGGGGGAUAUACACGGCUGUAACAAUAUCCAAAGAGAAUUCUCUUCGGAGAUAAUACGGUCGGCAUUUGAUUCUGAGGAAUUCUAGGUCAGGUGAACAAACUGACUUGAGUUCCUGUAUGUUGUUACAAUUACACCAUGAGUUGUUAAUCAUGAAACAAACCACCCCACCCGUCUUCUUCCCGGAGAGAUGUUUAUUCCAGUCAGCGUGAUGUACUGAGAACCCAGAUGGCUGUAUGGAUGGGGACAGUAUAUCCCGAGAGAGCCAUGUUUCCGUAAAACAGAGUAUGUUACAAUCCCUGAUGUCUCUCUGGAAAGCAACCAUUGCACUUAUCUCAUCCACUUUGUUAUCUAGGGACUGAACAUUAGCGAGUAAUACACUUGGAAGCGAUGGGCGGUGUGCGCGCCUCCUAAGUCUGACUAGAAGAGCGUUCUGGCUGCCUCUCCUCCGGCGGCUUGAUUUGGGUCGGCCUUUGGAAUCAGUUCCAAUGCCCUGGGUGGUACGGACAAAGGAUCCACUUCGUGAAAGUCGUAUUCCUGGUCGUAGUGUUGGUAAGUUGACGCCGCUCUGAUAUCCAAUAGUUCUUCCCGGCUGUAUGUAAUAACACUUAAGAUUUUCUGAGCUAACAAUGUAAGAAAUAAUACAGAAAAAACUAUAUACUGCAACGUUUCCUAAGGACUAGAAGCGAGGCAGCCUUCUCUGUAAGCGCCAUUUUCAUAUGUGUUAUUUCAUAGUUUUUAUUAUUCUACAAUGUAGAAAAUAGCGGGAAGGUUGCUGUCUUUUUCUGUGGCUAAACCAACUAGGCUCGUAAUUUAACAAUUUUAUUCGUAUUUACAGAUGGCAUACACGUUUGUUAUUAAGGCACAUGAAAGUUCACAUGUUCCAGAAGGCAUUCCUGCCAAAUAACGCAUUGAUAAAAAUAAAAAAAAGUUUACGUUCAAAUGGCUCUCCUAUGAAGUAGUGACGCGUGACAUACGCCUAGUUUCCUGAAACAAAUCACAUUUAGUAAAUAUUUUCUUAAAUCUAUUUUCUUAAUAGUUGGUUAAGGGCUUGUAAGUAAGACCUGUUGUAUUCGGCGCAUGUCACAAAUACAUUUUGAUUUGAUUUGAUUUCACACAUAUUAUCCAGAUACUGACUGUUAGCACUUGGUGGUCUAUAGCAGCUUCGCAGAAGAAUGGGCUUUAGGUGAGGCAGAUUAACCUGUAGCCCUAUUACUUAAACAGUAUUUAACAUGAGAUCCUCUCUAAUCUUUACAUGAAUGUGGUUCCAAAUAUAAACAGCAACACCUCCACCACUGACAUUUCUGUAUUUUCUGUAGAUGUUAUAUCCAUGUAUUGCUACCACUGUAUCAUCAAAUGUAUUAUCUAAGUGAGCUUCAGAGAUAGUCUGAAUAUGAAUGUCAUCUGUUACUAGCAAGUUAUUGAUUUCAAGAACCUUGUUUUUUAGGCUACAUAUGUUCAUGUGGGCUGUUUUUAGCACUUUUCUGGGAUGCUUGAUUGUUUUCAUUGCUUUACUGGGAAGCUUAGCAGAAGUAGACAUGCUCAUGAUAUUGAUGUUUAAGCUGAUAGUGCAGGGUGAGCUGCACACAGUGGACUUCCUACUAGGGCACACUGCCUAAGUGCUAACAGUAUAACUCUGGUUCAUAGGCACAUGACUGCUGUACACAAUAGCUGUAGGAUCAACAUAGGCAUUCAGGGCAAUUAGAAGGACAUUAAUUAGGUUAUGUACAUUGUGUCUGCCAACACCCCUGCGAUAAUGUACAUUUGCUGCAGCAUUAUGACAACUCAGCUACACAAUUGUAGGGAUUAACUCAGCUCGACUUUGGUCAUACAUAACUAAUUGUCUCAACGCAGCCUUGAAAUGCUUGGACAGAGUCCAGGAGCCAAGAUGAUUAGGAUAGACUCCAUCAUUCCUGUAGGGCAUCUUCUGUUUCCAGAAGGUUUCAAAGUUAUUUCUAAAAGUGAUUCCAACAGAGCUACAGUAAUAUUUUAGCCAGGUGUGUAAUGCCAGUAGCCUGCUGAAUCUUUCACACCCGCGGCCCAACGAUGGUACCGGACCUGAAAUAAUUUGGCCGCUUUUUGGAAUCUUUCAGAAGUUCCGAGCUAGCCCUCCUAAUGUCGUUUGACUCCACAUGGACUCCGACAGCGUCAGUUCCCGGCAGCUGUUGUAGAACGGUCGGAAGCAGCCUUGAUAUGUCCUGGACUCGUGCUUCAAGAUAGCACAGGGUUUUUGCCCCGGGAACCGUGAUGUUCCUUACCAUAGAACUGCUGAUGACGACAGCUGAUGCAAUGGUUGAGGAAGUCAGGCCGUUCUUUCGCCUCGAGUGGUUUCACAAACCUGGGGUCUGAUGCACCCGAGCCAGCUGUGGUAUCCAUCAUGGAUGAUGAAUGGGCCGGAGUUUCAGACAGCCUCACGGUCUGUUGAGGGUGUGCGCUCUGAGGAUCUGAACCUGAGGUAGAAGCCAUCGGAGAGGGAGACAGAACAGAGGACUAAGGUGCAGGUACAGUACCUUCGGAUCCGAUCUGUAAUCGGAAGCCCUCAGGGAAGGCGCCGGAGCCUCUGGUUCCAGGGUGGCGAAGCUUUAUCUAGUCUGUGUCAUGUCUGGGCUUAACAUCUCCAAGGAGGCCCCCAUUGCCAGAGGACGCCAUUUGCUCCAUGGCUGGUUGGUAGGAUCGAGAACAGGAACAUCCACCAAGUCAUCCAGGAGCAUCCCACCAACUCCAUUCUCCAGGGAAGUGGGAGACCCCUUCUGGGAGGGAUCCCUGAAGAGUACCGGCCAGUCGGCUGUGGAGAGCUGACACGGCUGCAACACUUCCACCAGGCCAGAGUGGCAUCCAGCUACUGGGGUGGAAGAUAA